AUGGCCAACAUGUUCGGCGCGGUCGAUUUCGGGUUUCGCCCGAUCCGGCCCGACGAGGACUCCCUUCACUCCGGCCCCGCCGCGAGCACCGCGACCGCGAUGGACUGCGGGUCCGGGUACGAUGUCCGUCCGGAGCCCGCGGGUUCGGCGGACUGGCUCGAGACGGACGCGCUCAGCGACGACGAUCUCUUCAUCAGCGACAACGAGACGUUGCCCGAUGCCACCGGCUUCGGCGCGAGGCAGCGCGAGCUCAACGAGGCGCAGGCCGCCAAGCUCGCCGCGGAGCGACGACCGGCGCUGCGGUCGCCCUUCCGGGGAACCACCCUCGCCGAGCUCUGCGAGCGAUUCGGCGACUGCACACCCGCCUCGGCGACGCCGUGCAACGUCUGGUGCGAGGUGCUCGAGACCCUGCGCGAGCGCGAGCGGACCAAGCAGCGAUGGAGGCUCGACCCCAACACCGCGCGGCACAUGAAGUACCGCACAACGCUCAUCGAGUGGAUACUCGAGGUGUGCGCUGACUUCGGGUUCGGCCCCACCACCGCGGACCUCGCGGUGCAGUACAUGGAUCGCGUGCUGAGCAAGGUUAACGUCCCGAAGACCUCCCUCCAGCUGGUGGCGAUGUGCUGCCUGGAGGUUGCCGUCAAAUACGAGGAGGUCGAGCAGGACGUUCCGUCCCUCCCCAAGCUUCGCAAAUGCGCCAGCAACGUGUACAGUUGCGAGAUCAUCAAGAAAAUGGAGCUCGCGGUGCUCAUAGAGCUCGAAUGGGAUCUCGCGACGGUGGUGUCCGCGCAUUUCCUCGAGUCCCUGUUCGCCGUCACCGACGGCGGCACGUUUCCCCACGACGACGUGGGCCCCGAUCGGCACUGGACGCAUCAGUGCGCCGCGCCGCUCCAGAAGCUGUGCUGCUACCUGCACAGCAUCUGCCUGCAGGAUGCGCACCUGGCGGCGACCGCCACGGCGUCCAAGCUCGCCGCGGCCAUCAUCGCCACCGGACGACUGCAGCUGAACAUCUACCCCGUGUGGCCAAACGAGCUCGCCGUCGCCGCUGGCUACCAGAGCGACGAGCUCGGUCCAAUCAUGUCCAAGAUUCUCGCGCUGUACAAGGAGGCGAUGCCCGCGGCGCACGCGACGCAAAACGCGGGGAUGGGUUACGAGAUGGCCGGGGCGUUCGACGUCGGCACCGUCAUCUCCGCGAUGCCGGGAGCCAUUCAGGUGCACGGCGGCGACGUGGGCGACGGCGUGCUGCGCGACGGGGGCAAAGACGGGCGAGAGUUUCUCACGCCGUCGCCCACGGGACCGCUGGACGCGUCUGGGUUUUUCGACGAGCCGAUGGAAUUUUCCGCGGGGACGGCGGUGUACUGCUGAGCGGUGGUGAUUGGACCUCGAGAACGCGCACGUGGAUGAGUUUGAAUCGAAUCGACGUCGGAUUGGGAAGCCACCCGCGUCGCGUGGCGCCGCGACGCGUAUCACGCGGCGGCGGCGGCGCGGGUGGCUACGGUUUGUGGGUGAGUGGGUGUGGCGGCGGCGGUGUGAUUUGAGUUUCUUUUUCUGGGACGGGUGAGGAGGGGGUGAAGAGGGUGAGUGAUGAGAGGGAGCGCCGAGAGACGAGAAACUACUCGCGCGUCGAAGCGGGCGACGAAGGAUUCGUCGCCGCGUGGGCGCCGCGCGAGCUCUCGGCUCGCCCGUCUCUUUGGGGAUCGACCGAAGGAGGUCGCUCGAACACGCAAGUUUUACCGACGAGUCGCGACGACGGCGGCGCGGCUCGACUGUUGUAAUCGUAUCUUACUUUUGAACG